GUUGUAUAAGUUCAUGAUCCAUGAAAGCUCAUGUUUCGGAGAGAGAGAGAGAGAGAGAGAGAGAAUCUUUCAUAAGUUUCACACACAAGCUCCUCCCCGAUUCCUGCCGAUGCACUUCUUGACAAUAUAUAUUGACGCUCAAAAUAUGGAGAGACCUUGAGGAACUUUUGUUAAGAGUUAGUAGACGUGAAAUUCGCCAGCAAAAUAUUAGUUUGUCACCCAACCUUGGAGAGCUCGACAAUGGACAACGUGCAAAACCUCAACAAGCAGGAGACCGUUUUCAGCCUGGUGCAAGUGAAAGGGACAUGGAAACGCAAAGCGGGGCAAAAUGUGAAGCAAGGAUUGAAGGGGCGAGUUUCAGCUGCUAAAAUUUAUGAAAGCACCUCCUCAAAUGGCACCACCUGGACAGUGGUCAGCCCCAUCACCUUCACAUAUACAGUUACUCAGACCAAAAACCUUCUUGACCCCAGCAAUGACACACUGCUUUUGGGCCACAUAAGAGACACUCAACAGCUUGAGGCCAUACAGUCCAGCAGCACGCCCUUUAAACGCUUCAUAGUCAUGGAUGAGGUUGUGUACAAUCUCUAUGGUUCCCAGGUCACUGAUUACCUCGAGGCCCGAAACGUUCUGUACCGGAUCCUGCCCCUGCCCACUACGGAGGAGAACAAGUGCAUGGAAAUGGCGCUGAAGAUCCUGGAGGAAGUCCACAGGUUCGGGAUCGACCGACGUACAGAGCCCAUCAUUGCCAUUGGAGGUGGGGUGUGCCUCGACAUUGUAGGUCUUGCAGCCUCCCUCUACAGAAGGCGUACGCCCUACAUCCGUGUUCCCACAACCCUCCUGUCCUACAUCGAUGCAAGCGUGGGAGCAAAGACGGGCGUGAACUUUGCAAACUGCAAGAAUAAGCUGGGCACCUACAUUCCACCCGUUGCCGCCUUCUUGGAUAGGUCCUUUAUACAAACCAUUCCUAGGAGGCAUAUAUCUAAUGGGCUUGCAGAAAUGCUUAAGAUGGCUCUCAUGAAGCACAGGGGGCUGUUUGAACUUCUGGAAACUCAGGGCCAGUUCCUCUUAGACUCCAAAUUCCAGUCCACUAUGGUGCUAGAAGAAGACCACAUUGACCCGGCUUCUGUAUCUACACGUGUUGCAAUAGAAACCAUGUUGGAAGAAUUAGCUCCAAACCUAUGGGAGGAUGAUCUUGACAGACUGGUUGACUUCGGUCACCUGAUCAGCCCAGAACUUGAGAUGAAAGUUCUACCUGCUCUUCUCCAUGGUGAAGCGGUGAACAUCGAUAUGGCCUACAUGGUGUACGUGGCCCGUGAAAUGGGGCUACUAACAGAAGAGGAGAAGUUCAGGAUUAUAUGUUGCAUGCUAGGGCUUGAGCUGCCAGUUUGGCACCAAGAUUGCUCCUUCGCUCUGGUGCAGAAGUCUCUUUGUGACCGACUGCAACACUCUGGUGGGCUUGUUCGAAUGCCCUUAUCCACAGGUCUGGGAAGAGCAGAAAUCUUCAAUGACAUCAAUGAAGGAAUUCUGUUCAGAGCAUUUGAGAAGUGGUGUGAUGAGCUCAGCACUGGGUCACCUCGAUAAAAUCGGUUUAAAUGAUUUACCACUGUUUACAUAUGGUAUACAUUAUGGGCAUGCAUACUGUGGGCAUUAUGGGCAUGCAUUAAGUGUUAUGCAGUUACGACAAUUGCUUUUCAUUAAUGUAAAUGCCAUUUUUGUAAAUGACUGUGAAUAGAAGAAGGUUGACUUAAUAUGUGAAAAUCUUUCUAUAGGGUUUCUUUCCCGCCAUUUCAUACUUGAUAAAGGGACACUUCGGAUCAUCAUGAAAUCAUCGGUUUUUAAUUUUUAGUAUUAUUUUUGUAAGUAAAAUAUGCCUUGUGUUUUAUGUAAUGUUUAUGUAAUGCUUUCAGGUUUAUAAUAAACAAUUCUCUUAUGAACAACAAGUCAGUAUUAUGAAAAGGUGCAUUAUGUAACAAAGAAACAUUGUUUUAAUAGUUUUAAUAGUUUGUUGUUAUGAUGAACACCACAACCAUUA